AGCCGAGGCUUUCUAGCGGGAGGAAGAAACUCCUCGGAUCAAUACCAGACAAAGUCACAUUCACAGAGAAAUAAGCAGAAAGAAAGAAAAAAAGGAAAGCAAGAGGGAAGGAAAAAGAUGAAACCCUGUCAAAAAAUGGAAGGAAAUCCAGAAUGUGAGAGUGAGCCAAAGCUUGAGGAAGAGCCAAAGCCUGAAGAAAAGCCGGAGGAGGAGGAAGGGCCAGAGGAAGAGGGAAAAGCAGAAGAAUCUUUUAGAGAAAGGCUGAUUCAAUCUCUCCAGGAAUUUAAAGAAGAUAUACACAACAGGCAUCUAAGCAAUGAAGAUAUGUUUAAAGAAGUGGAAGAAAUAGAUGAGAUAAGAAGAGUAAGAAACAAACUUAUCGUGAUGCGCUGGAAGGUUAAUAGAAACCAUCCUUACCCCUAUUUAAUGUAGUUUACCUUGAUUUUUAUUUGAGCUGAUAUUAACAUUGCUAUAUAGCUUUCUUUUUAUUAGUAUUUUCCUGAUAUACCUUUUCCAUCUUUCUACUCUUAGCCUGUUGCUGUUAGUGAUUUUAGAUGCAUCUUUUGUUGUUUGCAUCUGAUUGUUAAUAGUAUUUUGAAUCAAUCUAUAAGUCUGUCUUUUAAUGGAAGAGCUUUACUCAUUUGUAAAAAAAAAAAAAGAGAUUCCUGACAAGCUAUAAAAUGAAAACAGCUUACUAAGUAAUAUGUGGAUAUCAUAUUUUUGGAAGGUAAGAGUACAUUCGUAUAUUACAUAAAAACUUGUGAAGGAUGAAAGAUAAAAAAUAUAGUCUCAGUGGUGGGAUUAUGAAUUUUUUUCUGCUGCUUAUUUGCUUUUUCCACAUUUCUAAAAUGAACACACUUUAUUGUCGCUAAAAAUAAUAAAAGUUUUAUAACAAAAAAAGAA